UAUCCCGAAGUAACCAGUUUGUUUUUCCCGCUGAAGUCAAUGUAGGAAUAUCCGAUUUUAUGGUGUAAUUUGAAGUAGAAUAACCAUCAGGCUCUUUUAUUCGAUAAAAUUAAAAUAAUUUUCAUAUAUCAAAUAAAAGAUUUGUUGUGAAUCAUCAUGGCUGAAUUAGUACAUCUCCGUUUGGAGCAUACUCUCCCUGAAUUGGAAGAGAUGGAACGAAUUGGGCUUUUCACUAAAAAUGAAAUCAAGUCUAUAAUUAAGAAACGAAACAAUCUUGAAUACAAACUUCGCCGAAUGCAGAAGAGGAAAGAAGACUUUCUUAAAUAUAUUGAGUAUGAAAUGACAUUAUUAAAUCUAAUCGAGAAGAGGAGGGAGAGACUGUUAUGUGAAGCCAAAAAAGCCGAAAUAGAUUCUUCUAUUGCCAAAAGAAUCAAUAGGUUAUUUAAGGCUGUCAUAUCCCGAUAUCCAGAAGAUGAAAAAUUAUGGCUUGACCAAAUUAAAUUUUGUAAAAGAAUGAAAUGGUUUGACACUAUAAGUGCUUUACAUACUAGAUUGUUACAAGUUCAUUCUAAAAAUCCAUCUCUUUGGAUAAUGGCUGCUAAGUGGGAGAUGGAAGAAAAUAGAUCUCCAGAAAAUGCACGUACGAUUUUACAGAGAGGUGUCUUGAUCAAUCCUAUGUCUGGAAUUUUAUGGAGAGAGUAUUUUCGGAUGGAGUUAAUGUAUACAGAUUUGAUCCAAAAACGCAGAGCAAUAUUGGAGCCACAUAGUUUAAAGAGUGUGAUAUCUGUAGAAGAUGAUGCUGUUUUAAGUGGCCAAGUUGCCAAUGUAGUCUAUGACAAGUCUGUUGAAGUGUUUGAUGAUGUUGAAUAUGCAUUGUCAUUUAUACAAGUCUGCUUAGAUUUUGACUUUGGAAUCAGACAUAUUGAGCAUAUUUUGAAAGAUGUUGAAGAAAGAUUUCCUGACAAAGAAGAGACAUUAGAUGCCCUGGCUAAAAAACCAUUGUUGUACAUAGAAGAACAAAUCAAAAAAGGCAAAGAAGCAGGAAUGAAAAAAAAAGCAGUAUUAGACAGAAUUAAUGAAAAAAUUCAUAAGAAUUAUGAAGAAGCUGUUAAAAAAUUGCCUACAGAAAAAAUGUGGAGCUUUUAUAUUGAUUAUGUGCUAGAUUUAUUAAAUUCUGCAAAAGCGAGUAGAAAGCAUGAAUUACAAGAUACAGCUCUCAAAGUAAUCCAGGCAGCAUUAGAAGUCAAUUGCCUUAGUGAGAAAUAUUAUUCAGAAAUGGUGGAUUUACUUUUUGAAAGAGGUAAGGCAAAUGAAGCCUUUUCCACUUCCGUAUCUUCUGCUCGAAAAUUUAAUAAGGUUGAUUUGUGGUACAAAUGUCUGACAUACCAUAUUCAGUGUCUAAGGAAUCAUGAAGAAAUCUUUGAUUUGCUUAUGGAAGCUGUCAGUGCUGUCGAUGAAAUGGAUUCUAUCACUCUAUGGAAAUUGGGAGCAAAUUGGUUAUCUCUAUCUGAUCCUGAUAAACUAUCAGCAUUUCUGGAGAGUGGAAUAAGGAGAAGAAAAGAAAUAUCCACACCCCUUAAAGAAAUGUAUUUGGAAGAACUUGCUCUUAGAAAAGAUAUAUCAGAAGUCAGAGAGUUAUACAAAAGAUUUAAGAAAUUGGGUCCACUUUCACCUGUGAUAGUUCAGAAAAUGAUAAAAAUUGAAAAAGCGCAGCUGGCUGCACCAAUUAAAAAACUGAGAAAAUAUUAUGAAGAUGGCAUUCAUGAAUUUGGGUCUGAAAAUGUUGAUAUUUGGAUAGACUAUAUGAAACUUGAAAUUGAGCAUGCUUGUGGUGAGCCUACAAACUAUGGUGUUAUUUAUUGGCGAGGAAAAAAGACUCUGAAACCUGAUUAUUUAAGAGAAUUCCAAGCUCGAGUGAUGGAUUUAACAACAUGUGCCCAUGUGCCUUCAUGUUAUUUGCUGAUAUCGUAAUGUUCAUAGGAUGUUAAUUAUUUUAUACAUCAAGUAUCAUUAUGUAUCAUAUAUUUUUUUAUAUAAAAGAUGCUACUUGGUGCAGUAUAUGCUGUAUAUAGUUUUGUUUGUAUUUUGAAUAAAUGUUUUCAAAAGUAAUUA